AUGAUUGUAGCUUCUUUUGUUUUGAUCUCCAUUACUCUGUUGGUGGCUAGGACAGGAUAUAUUGAAUCCAAAAAAGCUACAGAAUUAAUUGGUGAUUUUAUUGACAAGAACAAGGAUGUGUUUUUGGAAAGUAUUAACAAUUACAAGAAUGCAAUUGUGGAGCAAACGAAUAAUCAAUCAAAUUUAUUGCCUCUCACCCAGCAAACUGGAAAUGUGACAGUUUGGAAAACAGCAGAAUCAUAUUGUGACCUCAUGUUAAGUGUAGCGAAUCGGCAAUAUGAUUUUUUGCAUAAUAUUACAUCACUGGUCAUGUCUAAAAAAUCUGCAAACAACACUCUUUCUUCCUUACUUGGAAGCAAAUUUUGCAAAAAGCAAGUGAUUUAUUUACAGGAUAACAUUUACUCUCUCAUUCAAUAUUUAUUAGGAUGGGUGGCAUCCAACAUCAAUGUUCUUGGAUCAUCUCUUCAAACAUUCUUCCAAACCUUAGUUGAUUUAAUUUCAAAUCUCAAAGUUUUAGUAUUUUCAUCAUUUCUUUUCAUAUUGUUUGUAUUUUAUUUCGUGAAGCAUGAUGAAUUUUUUGUGGAAACAGCAAAGAAAGUUUCUCCUUUGACUGAAGAAGAAAGCACUGUGAUUAUUGAAAGCAUUGACACAAACAUUAUCAAAACAUUGUAUUACUUGGUUUCCUUUGGUGUGAUCAAUUUCCUCAUUACUAUACUUUCAUUCUACAUUGUUGAUUUUGAAAUUGUAUUUAUAUUUGGCUUUCUCUCCUUCUUUCUAUCGGUCAUUCCUGUCAUUAGCAAUUGGGUUAUUUGGCUACCAGCCACAAUUUAUUUAUUAAGUAGAGAUGGAUUUGUAUCCAUUUCAUGGGUCAUUGUUCUCUUUUCUCAUCUAUCUCUUUAUGCUAUCGAUACAAUGCUCUUCACUAGAUUCUUCAAGAAGAGAAAUCCAACCUUACUUGGUGUCUCCAUAAUUUUAGGCAUUUAUGUUUUUGGGCAAAGUGGCCUGCUAAAGGGACCUUUAUUCACAACAUUGGCAGUGACUUUGUUUGACAUCUUUUCAGGGUACAUUUCCAUGGCAAACAAGGAAGAACAAAUUGCCAACAGCAGUGGCGUUACAGUUGGCACAACGAAAAGACCAACUCCUUCAAGAACUCUAAGCUUCUUUGAAUUGUUCACUCCACGUGGAGACGACGAUAGUGUUCAAUUAAUGGCUGAUUCCCAAACAACAACAACAACUGAUUCAAGUCAAGCCAAGUAG